AUGGCUUCGCUACCUCCAAACGCCUCCGUGACGGAGAUAGAGGAAGAGCUUCUAUUCACCAGGCUCCUACUCGACUCUAUAGACCCGGAAUCUGACGACGCUGAGGCGCAGCGACAAGAACACUAUAGGACCUUAGAAAUACUGGACAACAUGUUGAAUUCGCUGCACCCGGUGCCAGCGUUCGAUGGAACCAGUGAAGAUCCAGAGUCAUACUACCUACAGCCCCAGGUGGCUGGUCCCUCGUCAGCUGCAAGUUCAGCUCAAUCCUCCACUCCAUCGAUCCCAUCCACGGCUACUUCUCGCAAACGUCCUCGAACUCAGUCCGGGCCCAGCCUUCAGCCUCAGCCUUACAAGUCCCGCCGCACCACGCCUAGUCCCAGCACCACCUCGCCGGGAACGCCAUCUUCCUUCGAGUCCCUGGAAGUAGCCGAGCCGGGCUUCGAACAACAGCGUGGGGGCACCUAUGUCUCAAGAGACGCAGCGAUGCAGAGGGCGUUGGAACAGCAGAGGGAAGCGCAGGCGAUGGCAGUCGAAAGAGCUAGGCAGGCAAGAGAAGAUGCCGCCAUCGCCCAGAGCUAUAUGAGACCGCAGUCUAGGGCGCCCGCCUCCACUCAGAACAGGACUCAGGCUGUGCUCAAUCGCGAUGGAUCUUUUCGACGUGACUACCCGUCGAGUACUCAGCCUUACAACGUCAGCAGCGGCAUCCAGGGACCAGGAAUGGCUCACGGCAUCUAUGCCACACGGGAACCAGCUUCAAGUGGGACGUCUAGAGUUCCCGUCCUACCAGCAAGCCCUAGUGGAACUGGACGAGCGGCGCAUGGUUGGGGGACGCAUUUGACGGUGCCUAAAGCAGAGGGAGGGAUAUCACCACCUCCUCUGUCCAGAACACCAUAUCGACCAAGUACUGGUGGCUCGGACAUCAUCGACUUGACAGGUGAUGACGAUGACGAUGCUGAGGACAUCAAGAUCAUACAGCCUACUCAACCGGCCGCAUCUCAAGCUCCAAGCCGUCCUCGCAACGGUUACCCAUGGGAUGCUACCCGGUUGCAACACAGAGCGCAACCUAAUGGGCAGCAACAAUACACAGCCGUUCCUAGUGUUCCGUCAAAUAGCAGCAUCCCCACCUACCCCGCAACUGUCUAUUCAGCCGGACAGGCUCCCUAUCCCGGCUAUCCCGGCUAUCCCUACUUCGAUCGAUACGGAAUGCCAUUGUCUCACGCUAUGACUGAAGCUCUACACCGAUCUCAAUCCAAAUAUAGCAUGCCGGGUGCUUUCCCUGGAGCCGAACUCAGCAACCACGCUGGCCCUAGUAGUCUGUCGAGAGUCGUUCCAGGAUACCAUGGUAGUGGCUGGGCUGGUGCUAUUGUAAAUCCCAAUGUUGCAGGGGGUUUGUCAGUGGACGAUCUGGAUGAUUUCCCUGGCACUGCGACGAGCCGGGGUUACGGCUAUGAUCGAGAUAUGGAUCCUUAUGCGCAUAUCAUGGCGCAAGAUGGGGCUGCGAACAAAGAAGACCUCGAGAAACUCCUCAAGAACAUCAGGCCCGAUCAGGAUCUCCCGCCAGAGCUGCGCGAGGGGACACCCGAUGCCCUGAAGUGUAUUUUGAUGGAGCACCAGAAGCUAGGUCUCUCAUGGUUGAAGAAAAUGGAGGAGGGGUCAAACAAAGGCGGCAUACUCGCCGACGACAUGGGCCUCGGUAAGACGGUUCAGGCCCUUGCGCUCAUUCUCUCCCGGCCUUCGGAGGAUCCGCGUCGGAAGACAACCCUCAUUAUCGCUCCGGUAGCGCUUAUGAGGCAGUGGCAAAGGGAAAUCGCCACAAAGGUCAAAGACCGCUACGCACUCAAGGUCCGCAUUCACCACGGUCAGAGCCGCGCAAAGGACUUCAGAAAGCUUAGGGACUGCGACGUUGUGCUAACAACGUUCGGCACCGUCGCUACCGAGUUCAAGAGGAAGGAAGAAUGGGAUAAGAUUAAGGCCAACAACCCCAACGCUCUGCCCGGCCCCAAGCAUUCGCUGGCUCUUCUGGGCGAUGAAAGCCUUUGGUAUAGAAUCAUCGUUGACGAAGCACAAUGCAUCAAGAACAGAAACACGCAGGCUUCGAAAGCGGCUUGCCUGCUCCACUCGCAAUACCGCUUCUGUAUGACUGGUACCCCAAUGAUGAACAACGUCGAGGAACUGCAGGCGCUCAUCCAGUUCCUACGAAUCGCACCAUACAAUGACUUCAAGAAGUUCCGGUACGACAUCAAGGCAGGCAUGAGCAAGCACAGCGACUCCUUCGCCUUCAAGCAAUCCAUGAAGAAAUUGCAAAUCCUGCUCAAAGCAAUCAUGUGCCGGCGUACAAAGACGUCCCAGAUUGAUGGGAAACCGAUCCUGCAGCUCCCACCACGCGUUACGGAGAAGAAGUACGCGAUCUUCAGCGAAGAUGAAACUCAGCUGUACUCGGCGCUUGAGAGGAAGACUCAGCUGGCGGUCAACAAGUACUUGAAAGCAGGGACCGCUAUGAAGAACUACGCCAGUAUGCUCGUCCUUCUGCUGCGACUCAGACAAGCUUGCUGCCACCCUCAUCUGAUCACCGACCUCAGCGUCACGGGUGCCACGGAAAUCUCCGCGGACGACAUGAUCGCACUCGCUGCCCAGCUGACUGAAGAGGUAGUGAAUCGGAUCAAGGAGGUGAAGGGCAACUUCGAGUGCCCGAUCUGCUACGAUGCUGUAGAGAACCCCGCAAUCUUCAUCCCGUGCGGACACGACACCUGCGGCGAGUGCUUCUCAAAAAUCUCGGAUCCGUCGCGCGCCAUUGCUGCUGGGGAGGAUGCAGCCACUGCUGAUGUCGUUUGUCCGGAAUGUCGCUCGAAGAUCAACCCGAAGAAGAUCAUCGACUACAACGCGUUCAAGAAGGUGCAUCAACCGGAAUUGUUAAGCCAAGUCGAUGUGGUUGAGGACGAAGAGGAGGACGAAGAGGACUCGGAUAGUGAGUCAGAGAGUAGUGACACUGAAGAGGGAGAUGAUAUGGAGGAUAGCGAUCUGGACGGCUUCAUUGUGCCCGAUGGUGUUGAGGAUGAGGACGAUGAAGCCGAAAGGAAGCCAAACAUCAAAAAGAAGUCGAAGGUCAAGGCCGAGGUCAAGGACGAGGAAGAGAAAGACAACAAGCCGCUCGGCAAGCUGAAGUUCAAGAAGUCAAAGGUCAAGGACGAAGAUAAGACGGAGGAUGAUGAGGAGUCGGUACGCAAGUCGAAGUCUAAGAAGUCGAAGGCCAAAUCUGAGGGGUCCUCCUCUAACAGAAACGGCAAAAGCAAAGAAAAGGCAAAGAAGAAGUCCAAAGCCAAAACUCUUGCCGAGCUCAAAAAAGAAAGCACGAAAAACAAAGCCGCGAAACAAAAAUACCUGCGCCGACUCCGCCGUGACUAUAUCACAAGCGCCAAAAUCGACAAAACCCUCGAGAUCCUCCACGAGGUCCAAGCCAACGACGCCUCCGAAAAGACGAUCAUCUUCAGUCAGUGGACGUCCCUCCUCGACCUCCUCGAGAUCCCCAUCAGCGACGAGAAAUGGGACUACCAGCGCUACGACGGUAGCAUGGAUGCCAGACAGCGCGCGGACGCCGUGCAGUAUUUUGAGGAUCGGCCCAGCUGCAAGGUCAUGCUGGUUUCGCUCAAGGCCGGGAAUGCUGGGCUGAAUCUUACGGCAGCCUCGCAGGUCAUUAUACUCGAUCCGUUCUGGAAUCCGUAUAUUGAGGAGCAGGCGAUCGAUCGCGCGCAUAGGAUUGGACAGCAGAGACCUGUGCAGGUGCAUAGGAUCUUCGUGGAGGGCACAGUUGAGGAUCGGAUAUAUGAGCUCCAGGAGAAGAAGAGGGAUCUUAUUUCUUCGGCGCUCGAUGAGAAGGCGGGACAGAGCAUCUCGCGCUUGAACUUGAAGGAGCUGACGUAUCUGUUCGGUAUUCCGACGUGA